GGCUAGGUAUUACAGAGUGUACCACUAGAACACCUAGCAUGGCUAGGUAUUACAGAGUGUACCACUAGAACACCUAGCAUGGCUAGGUAUUACAGAGUGUACCACUAGAACACCUAGCAUAGCUAGGUAUUACAGAGGGCGCCACUAGAACACCUAGCAUGGCUAGGCAUUUCGGGCAGACUUAGUUUAAUUCUUUAUUUUAAAAUAUUACAAAUUAUGAGAUUUCCAGUAUGUUGGGAAUUAGAAAUUUGAGGAAGAAAGUGUUUUUGGGCGUUGGCAUUGUGGUCGGUCUUAUUCUGUUAGACCAAAUCUACCUUCAUAUCUGGCUGUCGACGCCCAACACCAACUUUCAGCGCUCGCUGCACGUUGACGAUGUUCGACAGCUGUUGCGUGCUGGCGAAGACGCUGCCGUCACCACCAUCCUAUACGAUCCUGUAAUCCUUCAUGCGUGGAGCACUAAUUCGCAUGUGGCUGCCCCUGGUGCGUGUAUCUUCCUGUGCCACGUUAUUGGUCCGCUCACUUUUGCUGUCACUGCUGCCCAACUAAGGGACAAGCCAAUGUUCCUCUCACGACUUGCUCAACUAGGCUUCACUGUUACACUCUUUGAGACCCCUGAAGGCCAGCAGUCGCACGUGUUCCUCAUGCGUCAAGGAUCACCGCUACAUCUGGUCGUACUGCAUCUGCAGUCCUCGGGUUUCUUAAGGCAGUAUACCCUACAAGGACCUCCACAUAAUAUAGCCCAAGUUAAGCAGUACAUAACAAAAGAUGCUUGGAAUCAGAUGAAGUUUGAUCGUGCGUAUGAACGCUUUAGCACCAAAGAAGUGAAAAUAGAUGAGGUGGAGCUGACAGUACCCAGCAAUAUUGAAGCUUUCAUUGAAGAUCACCAGAAUUCUCAGUUCAUUCCUUGUAAUGAGUCAAGAGCAGCGUAUUAUAACCUGAAGUAUCUCAAGGAUGAGACGCCAUAUGAAACACAGUUUAAACAUAAGGCUUGGAAAUUACUUGCAAAAGCUAAAACUCUUAUGGAUCAGUUGAAAAUUCCCUUCUGGUUGAGCAGCGGAACUCUACUUGGUUUUUACCGCCAGUGUGACAUCAUUUCCUGGGCUAUGGAUGUUGACAUUGGUGUUUUUAUCGAAAACUACACUCCUAAUCUCAUCACAGAAUUUGAGAAAAAGGGCUUGAAGCUUUCUCACAAGUUUGGGAAAGUUCAUGAUAGUUUUGAACUAUCUUUCAAAGAAGAAGACAUCAAAUUAGACAUAUUUUUCUUUUACACUGAAGGUGCUACCAUGUGGAAUGGUGGGACUCAAGCCAAAACUGGGAAAAAAUUCAAAUAUGUUUUUCCAGCAUUUACUCUCUGCUGGACGGAGUUCCUUGAUUUGAAGGUGAGAAUUCCAUGUCAAACAGAAGAAUACAUCCGAGCGAAUUAUGGAUUAUCCUGGUUUACACCUAUGAAACAGUGGGAUUGGAAAGCUAGUCCACCUAAUGUACAAGAAAAUGGCAUGUGGCCAGAGUCUGAGUGGCCAGAAGUCAUUGUUGUGAAUGAGAGAUGAACAUAUUCUACACAACAUUGCUUCUGACAUCAUCGCUUCAAACCACAGAAUGGGUGGGGUUUGAACCUGUGACGAGUGAGUUGUAAUACUCCAGGCCAGUGCAUAAGCCACCCAUUCUGUGGUUUGCAAUUGUAUUAUGAUUUUAUGAGUAAUCAUCUCUUCACUCUGAAAACUGCUUAAGAGCACUCGACUUUAACUUUCUAGAGAGAAUAAGUGAGGAUAUGAUUAAAAUGUACAAAAUGAUAAUAGGAAUAAGUGGAAAUAUAAACAAGGUGCUACCUGGAGUAUACCUGGAGGGGGUUUUGGGGGUCAGCAUCUUCGACACUGUAAAAUAUGAUAAUAAUAACAGGACUUGUAGAAUUCUUCCUCCACAAGUUACACGUUUCGUAAAAGGUGAUCAAAAUGCCGGGAGGAGCAAGUGGCUAGUAACCCCUUCUUUUGUAUACAUUACUAAAUUUAAAAAGAGAAGCUUUCGUUUUUCUUUUUAGGUCACCCUGCCUCAGAGGGAGACAACCAGUGGGUUAAAAGAAAGAUUUGUAGAAAGGAAUUCAAUUUGGAUUCGUUUUCAUUUAUUAAGGAUAUAGGGAAAUCACUACUUUGGUAACAGAAUUGUAUAUAUACGUACAUGGAAAAAUUGCCAGUAACAUUAUAAAAAACAUAAUACGUUGGGUAGCUUCAAAAAUACAUGUAUGUUUGACAAAUAUGAGUUAGAAUAGUUGACUGAGAGCUGGGCAUCCGUGUAGCAUGGGCCAGUAGGCCUACUGCUAAUGUUCUUCAAUUCUUAUGUUCUUAGAGGUAGUAAUAUUUUCCAACAGUGAUAUUAUUAUUGAUCUGUUAAAAAUGUAAAUCACUAGAUAUUAUAUUAUCACCUUUUUAUCUAUUAAUAUUCACCAACUUUAAUAAUCACCUAAACAGUGUUGGGCAGCUGAAUGCUUUUAUGCCAAAUUAUAUUUAUAAGGUAUGAAUGAACUCAUCAUUAUGUCUGUAUAUUAAUGUACUUCUCCAUUGGGAAGUGAAGUACAGUGGACCCCCGGUUUACGAUAUUAUUUCAUUCCAGAAGUAUGUUCAGGUGCCAUUACUGAACAAUUUGUUCCCAUAAGGAAUAUUGUGAAUUAGAUUAGUCCAUUUCAGACUCCCAAAUAUACACAUACAAACGCACUUACAUAAAUACACUUACAUAAUUGGUCGCAUUGGGAGCUGAUCGUAAACCGGGGGUCCACUGUAUUCCUCUGUAAGUCAUGCUUGUCGUAAGAGGCGACUAAAAUGCCGGGAGCAAGGUGCUAGUAACCCCUUCUGUAUAAAUUACUAAAUGUAAAAAAGGAAAAACUUUAGCUUUUCUUUUUUUGGGUCACCUUGCCUUGGUGGGAGAUGACCAAUGUGUUCAAAAAAUAUGUAUUUUAUUGUUCUACUAGUCUAAUAGUAUUUUGAAAAUGUUUCUUUGUAUUUUGAAAGUUGCAGCACUUAUAUUCACAAUACUGUAGAACCCGCGUAUCCACGGAUUCGGUUUCUGCGGUUUCAGGCAUUCACGGUUUACCGUGGCCCGACAAUAAUCCUUAAUUUUGACUUAGUAAGGACACCAAAGCACAGAAGUAGUG